AUGAUCGUAGACGGAAAAUACAAAGCACGAGCCUUUGGAUUAAUAAAUUCAAUAUACACUUUUAUUGUUUUUAUAUUGUCUUGCAGUCUAUUUGGAUGUUUAUGCUCUUGUUACAUAGGUACGAGAAUUGCAAGGGAAACAUUGUUGAAAUAUUUGAAAAAAAAAUUUCCCGAUUUGGAAUUCAUUAAAAAAACAAGUCUUCGAUCAGUUGUGGACACACAUAGAAACAUGGGCAUUGUUACUGUACUCAUUACUGUCAAGGGAAACUGUGAUCCGAAAAAAAUUAAAACAAGAUUGAUCAAAGAUGUUUUGGAGAAAAAAGAAAAUGAUGGAACAUAUCUGCACAAACAUCUAAGAAUGUCCUUAACUAAAAAAUGGGGAUGGUAUGCCUGGCAAACAUUGACACCGUUUAAUAUCGAUCAACAUUUAGUUUUUGCUAAUCCUAUUUACAGAGGCAGACCAUUGUCUGAUGCAAAUAUUCAGGAAUGUGUAAGCGAAACAGUUUCAAAAUAUUUUGUACCUGAUUUAUCACCAUGGCAAAUUACAGUGUUUCAGCUUUUAACAGCUGAAAAAUAUUAUGUAUUGAUAAGGUUUCAUCACAUGUUACUUUCUCAAGAGGGAAUGGAUUUGGGAAGUUUUUUAACUUUUAUGGAUAUUGAAAAUGUUACUACAACGUCUCAAAAUGUACCAAAUGAAAGCAAUGAAGAUUUUUUCACUAAUUAUAAUAACAAUAAAAGACCUCAUCCUUUUCAAGAUCUUUACAAAAAGCCAAAAGCGUUACCCGAACUUGGCAAAAACCUUUAUGAAGUCCUAACCGAAAAUUGGAAAGAAUUUUUAUCAUUUUAUGAUCCAAUCGAAAACCCAACAAUAUUGAAAAAACCAGGUUUGAAAACAACAAUCGCAGUAUUCAUUAUAGUUAUAGUUUCUCUGAUAAAACAAUUUAUUAAACGACCUUUUUUAAGUAUUGGUCUCAUAGCAAGCGAGUUUGCACAAAAAGGUUUAACAAUUUCAUUUGUAAUAAAAAGCGUUUGGAAAACAUUUAAUCCUUUUUCAUUGACGAAAUUUUUUUUAAAAACCGCAUUUAUUUUGCCUUUGAAAUUAAUUGUUAACUUUAUCAAAGAAUAUAGUUUAUUACAAGUAAAUAACGACAAACAAUACUUUGGAAUAUCUUACGUAAGAUUCGUAGUAACAAUUUGGAGAAGUUUAAAACAUUCGCUAAAAGAACUUUCCUAUUACUGUAAAUUAUGUUAUACGGCUCCUAAAUUAAUUUUAGAAGAAUUUCUUUUGGCAAAUAAAUAUUCGAAACAUCAUUUACAAUUUGUGUCUCUUUGCGGACGAAAAGUUGCUUCCUGGUCGAACGGGGUACCACUAAAAAUAGUUCGUGAAAUUCAAGAAGUAACUGGAGCCACUUUUAGCGAAAUAUUGAUCAGUGUUACAUCGGCCUGCUUGAGAGAUUUCCUCGUACAGUAUAAUUCAGAUGUACCGGAAAGCGUACCCAUGAUGGCGCGUUAUUUUCCUCAAGAGCAGUUGAUUCAAUCGCAAAAAAAAAAAUUGGCAUCUUGUGGUAGCGGAAUUUUAUGUCUACCCCUACCAACUAAAAAUCCCUUCAGUUCGGAAUACGACCCUGUAACCGAAUUGCGUGCCGUACAACAAAUUAUACUUCGAGCCAGACUAAAACAACCAGCUUUGUAUUUGGCUUCUCUUGCUCAAUUAGAAUACGGAAUAUUGACUCAAGUGUUGCCAUCUCCCAUUCUACGCCUAGUUUUAAAUUUGCUGUCCCGGCGUUUUCCCGUUAUCCUCAGCGAAGUGGGAUCGUCAGGAAGUGGAAAAAAUAAAAAGUGCUUUUUUUGGGGUCAAGAAGUUGAAGAUUUGAUGUAUUGGAAACCUCCGCAAGCAAACAUAUGCAUGUCAUUAACUUUAAUGACUUACAACGAUAGCGUUAAGCUCGGUGUCGUGGCGGACGCUUUGCUGUCUCCUCACCACGCCGUCAUAGCAUCGACUUUUGCUCAGCAUUUGUGGGAAUUGGCAGCAGGAGCGGGAGUCACGACAAAUUAUUCAGAAAACUAUUCGUUCAUAUCCGACGACAGCGAUGGACCGGGAGUUAGUCGGUCAUCUAGAAAUUCAUCACUGUCGUCUUCAAGCGCUGAUUUAACGUCGGGAAUGAGAAAUUAUUCGGACGAUGAAAACAAUUUAAACCAAGAUUCGAAUUCACUACACAAGUAUCCCUUGAAAAAAAAUUUACAAUUAAACAUACCCUGUUAA